AUGUCUUCCCACCCAUAUUGCAUCCUUCCCCCAGACGGCGACAAUAUCCGCCUGCUCCGACUAUUGCCCAAUGAAGACGAGGCUGCGCCCGUACAGUGCGAGCUUCGCAAAUAUUCUCUACAGAAGUUAGGCCCACGAACUCAUUUAUACGAGGCUUUAUCCUACGCCUGGGGCGAUGCGCGCGAGACUUUACCUAUCUUGGUAGACAAUAAUCAGUUUCCUGUCACAGUCAACCUCCAUGCUGCGUUAUUACGUCUUCGAGAUCACUCUUUCGAACGAAUCAUAUGGAUUGAUGCUAUUUGCAUUAACCAAAAAAACCCACAAGAGCAGGGUUAUCAGGUCCAGCUUAUGGCAAAGAUCUAUAGCAACGCACAUCGUGUUAUUGUUUGGCUCGGAGAGGAAGCAAUAGAGAUAAAAGGAGCCCUCGAAGAUAUACGGCUUGCUGCUAAUAAAGAACUUCUGGGGCACUCGAAGAAGGAAAUAAAUAAGCAAGCAAUUCUCAAUUUACUCCAACGGCCGUGGUUCCGACGCAUCUGGGUGCUUCAAGAGGUUGCCGCAGCUCGACAUGUCGUAAUAAUGUGUGGCUCUACAGAGAUUGAUGGAUACGCAUUCUGCUCAGGAGUAAAGUCCCUACAGCUCUCCUAUAUGGCUUCUCCAGAAUUGCAGACUCUCCCUUCAGUUACCUAUUUAAUAGAGUACGCUGGCCUCCGAUCUAAGUAUACGGCAAAUUCGCCAGAGAGAUUCUCUCUAGAAAUACGACCUUUGGCCGAGUUAAUAGACAUGUUCCAUACUCGUCAUGCUUCGGAUCCUCGCGAUAAGGUCUAUGCUUUGCUUGGUAUGAGCCUCAACGAUCCUGGUAAAGCUGCUUUACAGCCCGAUUACACGAUUUCCUGGGAAAAAUUAUUUGAAAAACUUGUCAAGUACAUUCUUAGUAAAGAUAUAUUCGUGGAGACUUCUAGCCAGAGGCCAAUGAUUAAGAGUAAGGGCUGCAUUCUUGGCCAGGUGUCCUCGAUAGAAAGCGAUAACGGACAGAAUUUGAAAAUCACAUUCACAUCCAAAAACCGAGCUUGGUGCUUUGACAACGAGAUACAAUGGACUCUUGGAGCAUCGGCAAAAUCUAUCCAAGAGCGGGACACCGUUUGCCUUCUACAAGGAGCUUCAAAGCCUACGAUUAUUAGGCUACACAAGGAUUUCUUUGCAAUUAUUAUAAUUGCAGUUACUCCUCUAAACGAGAGCGGAAGUUCCAGACAGCGAGCGCUUUCUAAAUCGAUAACACGCUUCCCGCGUCACUUCCUGCUCGUCUGGGACUGGGAGCAGCUCCUAGAAGAGUCGCAAGAUCAAGAAGAAUCAAAAAAUUGGUUGUCUUUCGACCAAGUGACAAGAACAUGGAACGUUGCACUAAUAUUGGAAGAUUUGGAUGAGUAUGAAAAGGCAAAAUGGAGGAUUCAAGAAGCGAUUAAGGGCUACGAAACGAUUUUUAAAGGAAAACAGUCUACAUUACAAAAUCAACGAGGUCUAACACCAUUA